AUGCCUCGACGAAAGCGGAAGGGAAGGGCAGCCAAAGCUGCUCGUCGUGGACAGCUUGGCCUAGGUGGAGCUGCUCCAAGGAGGCAUCGAAAGGCCAAGCGAGCCAUGAAGCAAAUUAGGGCUGCAGGAGCUGCAAAAGCAGCGGAAGUGGAGAAGGCCAAACAACCUCACUCCUUCGUUAUCCAUCGCGGUGCUGUCGGAAAAUACGUCAAGGCUUUGGAACAUGAUAUUCGGCAAAUUAUGGAUCCUUUCACUGCAAAGCACCUGAAG